CCGCUUUUCCUGGAAAGCGGGGCAGGAGAGGGGGCGGGCAGCGUCGGAUCCCGCGGAAGCCUCGCUUUCCCCGAGCCCCUUUCCUUCGGCUCUGCCCCGGGUCCUUCCCGGCCAGGCGGGGACGAGAGCGCCCGCCCCCCGCGGGGCCGCCGGGGGAACAUCUGGAGCGGCCGCGCCGCCAGGGGAACAUCUGGAGCGGCAGCGGCGCCAGGGGAACAUCUGGAGCGGCAGCGGCGCAUCCCCGGCGGCCGCAGCUGGAGCGUCCGGACCCCGGCACUGCCCGGGCAGCGAGACCCCCGAGCAGCGGGGAAGRGAGGGAGGAAAGAAGGAAGGAAGGAGGGGAAGGGAGCGGCGCGGAGCAGGUACUGUCUAGCAGAAAACCAUGGGCAAUUUCAAAGGCCAUGCCCUCCCUGGGAGCUUUUUCCUUCUUUUYGGCUUAUGGUGGUCAGUGAAGUACCCACUGAAGUACGCCUGUCGAAAAAACAAGAACGUUUGCUGCCUUGGUUCCAGGGCAGGAUUCCAGCGCCUGGAGUUUGUCGAGGGCAUCAUCAAAGCUGCCUUUGCCCUCAUUGGAAUGRUGGCUGAGCAGUUUGUUCCCGAUGGACCUCAUCUGAAGCUGUACAACUACGAGAAGAAGCACUGGGAUCACCUGAUGAACUGGCAACAUGCCACCAUGUACCUCUUCUAUGGCAUUUCAGGGCUGGUGGACAUUGUGGCCCAUGGGACCAACGCACUGCCAGCAGCCAUGGACAGGAUGAUGCUUUCCUUAGCAGUCUUUAUUGAAGGUUUUCUCUUCUGCUACCAUCUCCAUGGGAGAGCCAUGCUGGAUGUUCAYGUUCAUCAGCUGCUGCUGUUUGCUAUCUUUGGAGCUGCUGCCUGCAUAUUCCUGGAAGUUUUCUUCCGUGGCAGUAUCGUGCUGGAGAUGCUCCGUACGAGCCUCUGCAUUUUACAAGGCAGCUGGUUCUGGCAGAUUGGCUUUGUGCUUUAUCCUCCAAAUGGGAGCCCAGAGUGGAAUCAGACAGAUCACACUAACAUGAUGUUCCUGACCAUGUGCUAUUGCUGGCAUUAUGCCUUUGCUUUUCUUAUACUUGCAGUGAAUUACACGAUUGUCAGCUGGGCAGUCCGUUCGAAGGUUAAACAGUCCCAGCCCAUGGAAAUGGGUUUACUGAAAACAGCUGAACGAGAUCAUGAGUCAGAAGAAGAAAUUUAAUGAGUAUGGCUUGAUCAGUUUGCCCACUCCAACCAUUAGGCUAAUUAAUACCUCAUUUGUACAUUUUUUUUUUCCAUCUUAUUCAUAUUCUUUACUACAACUUGCAUUGCAAAUAUCAUUCCCUAUGAUGUCUACAUCYACACAGUUAUAUAUAUUUUUGUGGAGGGUAAGCUUGAUGGUGGUUGCACUAGUACCUUGAUUAUCACAUGCUGCACAGAAAAUCAGACCARUAUUAGACAGACUUGGAGUGGAUGAAGUGGCACAAUGAAGUCUGUAUGUUUGCCUUAUUAAAAGCUCAGCAAAAUGUUUUCCAGCCACUGCUGGACAUGAAGUUUCCAUAAUWAGGGUGUCUAAAUAUGUUUGUUGGUUGCCCUGCAAGUACCUGUGGAUAAAUAACUGUGCAGAACAAGAUAGAGAACCCACAGUCUUGCAGCUCUCUUGUGUAACAACUUUGUGUCUCUGCUUUAUGUUAGCUGCACAUGCUGGUAAUGCUGAAUUUUAGUCUGUCAGGUUUGCCAGUGCCUUUCCAAAAUCAGUGAUAUUGUUUAUUCUGAAGGAGACCAUCAGAAACUACUUUGCUUCUCACAGGCAGGAACAAUGCAAAUUUCUUCACGCUUUUCUUGAUAAAUAUGUUGAAUACAGUGCAAAUAUURAGGUGCUGUAUCUCUAAAUUAAAGGGAUAACCUAAGCAGGAUGAAAAGCAUAAUAAACUUGCUGAGCUAUCGUAUGUCUUCUCAGAAAACUUCAUUUGUUGAUUUUUAAAAUUAUUUUAGAUAUUUGCCAAGUAUUAUGAAGUAACACCUGUAAGUAGGUGUCAGAUUAUCCARAUGAGUCUUCUUUGGAAAGCAGGAGUAGUUGGCUCACAUACAUUCCUACAUUUACAAAUGUCAAAUAGGGAAUUGCACAUUGCUAGCCAAAGAUCACCACUUUUCUUAGCAAUUGCUGGCUUUUUUUUAAUGCCUUUUUUUCUGAAGGGUCUUGGAGAUUUUGGCAAACUUUAGCAAAGCCUGUCUCAGGACAUUCAUGCAGGAUGGGUACUGGUAUGGUGUAUUUGUAGUACUAUGUCUCAGCUUUACAGUGGUCUUACUACAAACUCUGAUUGUAUUUACUCCACUCUGCAAAUCUAAGACUUGAGUUUAAUGAUGGUGGUUCCAUUAAAAUCAGAUUUUCUGUAGAAGGAAGAUCCAUGGCUUCCCCAAGGGGCUUACCUGUUAAUUGCAGCAGGGAUUUGCCAAAUGUAUCCCUUUUACAAUCUUACCUUCAUUGCACCACAUCGCCAUUGUCUCUAAAUUGUGGGGAUUUUUUAUAAAGGGCAGAUUUUUUUCCUAUUAGAAUGGUUGGGGUACAAAGCUUCCGCAGUUCUGGGCAGAGAAGAUGAAGGUUAUGCCUUAAAGAGAAUUUGGGAGUUAUUACACAAGUCUGUCAUGAUAAGCCAAAAUCAGUAGAUGAAGCGAACCCCAUGGUGGAAGGUGCUUAGCAAAAUCUCCUUUUGAAAAAAACUCCCUGCUUUUAGAGAAGCAAAAAGUGACAGUAGUUGAGCUCAYUGGAACAGAGUGGCUGCCUGACACUGUUCCAAGUGUGCCCUGCUCUGCUGGUGACUCCAGCUCUGUCCUUAAAUCCAGCAGUGGCUGCAGGGCUGGGUGUUUCUUUGGAGAAACCCUGAGCAAGACUCACUCUGCUGAGAGGAACCUGUGCCCCUCUCUGUGUCCCUGUUGUGAAUCUCCUGUAAAUAGUCACAGAACUGGACAAAGAAGCCAUUCACACCUGUCUGCAUGUGGUUCUGGUGCAACCAGGCUUAGCAAAGACMUCUCAAGAGAAGCCCAGACUGGAGGCUGAUGCAGACUGUGACACAGAACUGUAGGGCAGACUUUGUGCAAAAAGAUGUCUUCUCACAUUAGAAAAGAUGGCAUUAGCAAGACUGAAGAAAGGCAGGGAAAAACAGAUCCUGAAGUCUCAAAGGAAAAGUUGUCUCUUUAAUUUAAUUUUUAGUAAUCACGGUAUGUGCAACAUGAGUGCAUUGUGGGGRGUUGUGCCUGACAUGUUUAUGAUGCCACAAAGGAAAGAAACACUCCAUUUCAGAGUGGGGUUUUGCCACGUGGAACACCUGACCCUUCUCAAUCUGUGUUCAAGAGAUGCCCAGCAAGAGUUACACCUAUKACAAUGAAAAAUGUGCAGCCUUUAUCAUUUCACAAGCAACAGGUUUGUGAGUUGAAUGAGGGAAGUCCCACAAGUUUACAAACAUCACUAAGAAAAAGGAAGCUGCUCUCAAGAAAAUUUAAAUUAUUUUUAAAUAUUGGUGCCUUUGAAAAACUAUAUGGUAGUUUUUACUAGACAAAAUAUGCCUGUAAUUUUAUUUAAAUAAAAUUGAUUUA